UUGCAGGUUAUAAACAAAUUGAUGUACACUGGUAGCGCAGAUCAAACAGUUAGAUGCUGGGUGACAGAGUUUGGAGAUCUUACUAGGACAUACGAAGGACAUAAACAUACAGUACAGUCUGUCAAAUUUAGAGAUGGAUUAGUGUAUACUGCUUGUGGUGACGGCUUUGCCCGGGUAUACGAUGCGAAAUCAGGUGCGCUGAAGAGGACGUUCAAAGGGCACGAAGGAGCGGUUUACUCCAUUUUGUUGCUGGACGGAAAGCUUGCUACCUCAUCUUUCGAUGGGUCGGUGAACAUCUAUGACUGCGCUGACAUCAAAGACGAGAUCACCAGCUUUGGUGAUGACGAGGAGGAGAAGGAGAAAAAGAAAAAGGAAAAGGAAGAGAGGAAGAAGAAAGAGAAAGAGCGGAAGGAGAAAGCCAAACAGGAAAAAGAAAAGGCCAAGCAAGCCAAAAUCGAGGCCAAGAAAGUUUUGGAUCAGCAGAAGCUCGAGACUGCUAAGAAGCUGAAGGAAAAGAGAGACGCUGAGAAGAAGAAAAAAGAGGAAGCGGAGAUGGAGGGACAGAUGGAAGAAAACAAUAAGGCAGAUAAGGAUAGCCUCCCGGAGAAGAAUGACUUUGAGAACAAUGAGAAGGACGAUGAUGGGGACGUAGAGAUGUCCUCUGAGAAGAAAGAUAGCGAGAAGGGGGACGACGAUGACGAAAGGCUUAUGAGAGAAAUUGAACAGAUGGAUACUAACUAAUGAAAGCUUUUGCUUUAGAUUAAAGCCUUUCAUAAAGUUCCGAAUUUCAGUUGAGUUGUGAAGUUUAACACGAACCCAAGUAAGAAAGUGAAGUUUUACAAUAUACAAUUUUUAUGAGACCAAAGUCAAUCUUCAUUUAUUAACAUUGUAAUUACAUCUUAAACACUAUACUUAGAUUACAAAAUAUGUUGUAAAACUAGAUAUUUUACCAUUGCACAUUUGAAGUUUAUUAUAUAAUCAUUAUACAAUUAUAAUGAAAGUGUAAUACCUUGCAAGGGAGCAUUUUCUAUGGUAACUAGAAAUUAUAAAAUAUGAAUUCAAAUAUAGUACAAUUGUUUAUAGGACAACGAGUCAUUGAUACUGCGAAUGAUGUUAAUAAAAUGACUAAAAAGUCAAGCACUGAUCGUGGCAGGUUAGGCAAUGCAAGAAUUGAAUUGAUUGAUCAGACUGUUUUAAAUUAGCAAAUUUCAUUCAUUAACUCCAUUCUAAAAUGUUUUCAUAUCUAAUGCAGAUAAACGUAAUGUGUACUAUACAUUUACAUUUGAUAUCAUUUUUGAUAAAUAUGUAUGUGAUUGUCCUGAUACCUGUUCUCUAGAAUUUGGAAUUUACCACUUCCAUUAAUCACUGAGCCAUUUUGCAUCCAGGGCUCUCAUACAUAUUUGCUUGAUAUAUUUCGUACUAAAGUUAUUAAAUAUUUUUAGACUGUUUUAUUGUCUCGCGUGCAUAGCAGAGCAAGACUAUGUGCUCCGCUUUUCCGACGGCGUCGUCGUCAACAUUGAAAUCUUAACCAAGGUUAAGUUUUUUUUAAUGUCAUCAUAACUUAGAAAGUAUAUGGACCUAGUUCAUGAAACUUGGACAUAAGGUAAUCAAGUAUUACUGAAUUUUCUGCCCGAGUUUCAGUUCACAUGACAAAGGUCAGAGGUCAUUUAGGGUCAAUGAACUUUGGCCAAGUUGGGGGUAUUUGUUGAAUUACCAUCAUAAUUUUGAAUUUUUUUGGAUCUAGUUCAUAAAACUUGGACAUAAGAGUAAUGAAAUAUCACUGAACAUCACAAGCGAGUUUCAGGUCACAUGACCAAGGUCAAACGUCAUUUAAGGUCAAUGAACUUUUGCUAUGUUGGGGGUAUUUGUUUAAUUACCAUCAUAACUUUGAAUGUUUAUGGAUCUAGUUCAUAAAACUUAGACAUAAGAGUAAUCAGGUGUCACUGAACAUCCCGUGAGAGAUUCAGGUCACAUGAUCAAGGUCAAAGGUCAUUUUAGGUCAGUGAAUUUUGCCCAAAUUGGGGGUAUUUGUUGAAUUACCAUCAUAACUUUGAAAGUUUAUGGAUAACAUUUACGAAAUGUGGAUAUAGGGGUAAUCACUGAUCAAGUAUCACUGACAAGUCUUUUGUCACACGAUUAAGGUCAAAUGUCAUUUAGGGUCAAUGAACGUAGUAUUAUAUCGUUGUAUGAAUGGGGUUUUCUGUAAAUAAUUAUUUUAUAGUAAUUUUCAAAUUCAGCACUGCUGCUAUAUUGAAUCGCGUAAUGCAAGCGAGACUGUUAUUUCUAACAGAACAAAAAUUCUAUUCUCUGACUGCCUUUGUAUUUUGAAAAUCUAUAUUAUUUUUAAAUAGUUAAUACCAAUUAAGUAUAUUCCAAUAGAUGUACCUUUUUCCUCAAACACUUUUCCUUCACGAUGAUGUAGACCUUAGUGCAAUAGCUUCGAUAUACUAUGUUGAUAUAAUAUGAUAUGUUGAGACUAAAUGUAAAUAAUAAUAUUUAUAUCAUAUGAGGUUUAACUUCAAAUAUUAUCUAAACAUUGUGUUAUUUUCAUUAAGCUGUACAGAACAAAUUCAAUUUUAUAAGUAUUAGCUUCAUAAGAAAUUACAAAUUAUAAAUGAACAAAAGAUUAAGGUAUUUCAUUUGCUUACACUGUCUGCGAUUGAUGAUUAUAUUAUUGUAUGUUUGAUUAUUUGAUACGUGCCUUUUCCAAGUGAAAUCAUGUUUGCCACAGAAGCAAUAAUGAUGGUUAGGCUACCUCGCCUUAAUGUAUAUACCACACAAAAGUAGAUACUUGCACAUUAGUAUUUAUGUAGUAAUUUUACCCAUUUUACCCAUUUCAUGGACGUUAAGAUACAUUUGUUAACCUGUGAAUGGCACAUUAUUAAAAUAUAUUACCAUGGUUUCCAUUACGAAUGGUCAGCACACUCAGAAAUAUUAUUUAAACUUAAAUAUGAGAACUAAGCGGUGGGGCUAGCAAUAUGAUCACAUUCACAAAAACCAACUGCUCGUCUGACCCUGACACUUGUCACUUUUCCGAUAGUGGUUCUUUAUAAAUAUUCAAAGUUCACAUCACUGAUUCAUAAAUAUUUUAUUGUCAAAUAUCAAUUUUAUAUUAUGUGUAACCACACGCUGUCCACACGUAUUUCAUUUCAAGUUCAAGUAAUUAGUAAUAUUCAUUUCGGUGUAAUUCUUUUACUCAUUACUUGCUUUUAAGAAUUGUGUGACCAAUAUUUGAAACACCGUAAAUUUGCUGGCCUAUUCUUUUUUUUAACUUGUUAAUCAUCACGUCAUAGACAACUGAACCGUGUUAUGUCACUGACAAGUGCAUUCAUCGAUCGAAAAUAAUUUAUUAUAUUGCGGGUAGAAUCAUAAAGUAACCUAGAAAACUUCACCAUUUUACCUAUUCAACUUUAUGAAAUGGAAACCCUAAGCUGUGUCUGUGACAAAUUUGCCAUUUGCAUAAUAUUGCCAGUUGAAAAAAAAAAUAUAUCAUCACCGUACUCUACUUUGGAUGUAUUCUCUUUGUCAACUGGUGACGAAGAAUAAUUAAAAUUGUGUAUUGGAUUGACCUAUGUAUAAUUAAAGAGACAACUUGUAGCUAUUCCCUCGUAACGCACUCUCGUGGCCAAUGGGGUUACGUGGGUGUGUGCGUUGAGAUGAGAGGGUGCGUUUAUGUGCAUGAGUAAUACACGGGUUUAUGUAGGCACACCCUGUCCGUAUUGCUUCUUAUAGUUACACAUUUCUCUUAUUUCAUAAUUUCCGCCUUCCACCAGUUUAUGGAAUAUACAUGUGCCUUUCAAGCAUCAAUUUAUUAAAAUACCAUAAAAGAUACACCCAUUCAAUAAUAUUACGCUUAGCCCCACCUCCAUACCCUUUUAAACUACACAUCAGCUUAAAGUUUUUCAAUAUACUGUCUCUGUUUUGGGUUUUUUUUUUUCAUUAUUUCUGCAUAGAGCUUUACUGCAAACCUUGUAAUCAAAAUGUGAGAGAAAUUAUCAACUGAAAUUCACAAACACACCUUUUAAAACCGGUUUCAUUCAUGCAACUAUUUAAUAAAUGGGACAUUUCUACAUAAAUACGCUGCGUACAGUUGUGGGGUUUGGGUCCACUCCCCCCCCCCCCCAUUUUUUUUUAGUCCAAGUCCGAGAAAAUAAUUGAAGAUCGACAAAAAUGAUAGAAAGGGGUUUAAUUCAAUACUAAUUUUAAUAUUAUGUCAAAAUAUAUCACAAAACUAGAUUUUCAUUUUGAAAAUGUAUAACAUUUGCUCGCGACGUCUUCAAAUUUUCCCUCACACGCCAUAUCGUACCCCUCAUAUUGGGGGGGGGGGAUUACAUCACUGUAUGAAUAUAGGCCUACAUUAUACCGGUGCAUCUGACAAACUGGUAUUGAAAAGUACUCCCAUAAUAGAAACCCGGUUUAAGGGAAUGUUUGAGUUGCAGAUGUGUAGAAUAUUAUGUGAUCAUUCUCACCCCCCCCCCCCUCAAUGGAGUAAACAGGAUCGUGCACACCCUUUAAAAACUAUCAAACUAAAUUUCAUAUUAAAUUUCAUUCAUAUGCCAAUACAAACUUACCCUUGAUGAUGUACUAUUUAGCCCAAUUAUUAACACUUUCUAAUUCAGUAGUAUUAUUGUGAGGCAAAAUGUAUCAAAAUAAUGUCAUAUUUAUCCCUUGUUACGGUAUUUAUUAUGCGCCGAACAUUGCAAUGAAUUCAAUUAUUGCUACCAUUAUUAUUCCUGCAUUACCGGUUCUUACAUUUUAACCAAGAUCACCUGACCUACAUAUAUAUAUGUUCCUUGAAAUUUAUAACCUUAUAUACAUGUAAAUGUUGAAAAUGCUUAUUUAAUUUCGUCCUCGAAGUAGAUAUUCACACUGAAGAAGUAAGUGUUAAAAGUCUACAAGAAAAUUUAUGGUAUUAAUGUACACCGUCCGUGUAUAUAUAUAUUGUGUAAUGUAUUGUCAUAUUGUGCGAAAUUUGUCAGUAAUUUUCUACACAUUUUCUUAUAUUGCAUUAUGUGCGCACUGUGUCUAAUCACAUUGUUUAGUCUUUGAAAUACUGCGUCUUUCAAACCUGUGAGGGAAAUAUUUUUGUAUAUCGAUAUACGUGUCUAUAAAAAUUGAUAGUUCAUCUUGGAAUAAUAAUAUUUUUGACUGAUUUAUUGAUAUGAUGUAACAGAGGCAUUGAUUGAUUCAGAAUAGCAUUGUUUAAUGAAGGCAAGGUGAAUAUCUGAUCGUUUUGUCAUCAAAUUUAAUGUAAUGACAUGCACUUUGAACAAAUUUGAAGUUAUGAAGCAAAACGUUAGUAGCAUGUGAUGUUAAUCAUUUACUUAAAUGAUAUUCUGAUAUUGUCGUGGAGCAAAUUUAUUUAGUUUUUUUUUUGUACGAGUUUGCCCGAUAUAUCAAUCUUAGCAAAAUACAAUCUGAAAAACUUUUUUAAGAAUGGCCAAGAGCUGUAACCUUACUUGCAUAUGUAACAUAUAUUUAGGCACAUAUUUCGUAUUUCAGUGUAAUUUAUUAAAAAAACAAAACGAAUUCGUAAUGUAGGAAAUCAGAAAAUAAUCGAUCUAUUAUUCAAACACAUGUUAUCUCAAUCAAUCUCGCUUUGUAUGAAAUAAGGUUACGUCCAAGCCCCUGAAUUAGAGAUCUCUUAAGAAUAAUACCCAACUUGCAAGUGUUGUUGAAAAUACACUUUCAGUGUUGUGCUCUGUAUUACAAGCUUUUGACUGGUAUAUAACAUGUAAAUUUCACUUAUCGCUUUAAAUUGGGCAUUAAGCUCAUUUUCUAUACAGUUUGAAGUCAUCUAUACGACUGCUGAAUAAUAAUUUGAUAAGAUAGUUUAAUAAAUGCGUCGAUGGUUCUUUCGGUUCGUUCUCUGUUAUUGAGAUUAUUCUGUUCAUGGAAGGACAAUUAAAAGGUUAUUCACGGCCAUGACGGCACAUAUCCACUAAUUGUACAAAAACAUGAUUUAUCGUAAAACGCACCAAUUUUGAGAUAUCUGUGGGUUUCUUUACAAUUGACAGUACCAUGUCCAAACUUACUUUUAACAUGAAGAGCACAUGAUAACAAGAUAUGGAGGAGUAAAUUAAAGUCACUAUGUUUACUUAUCAAA